ACUGAAGCCUCAUAUAUAAAAACGCCCUGAUGGUGAUUUGUUCUCACUGCCUCUACUGUCCUCCUUCUUGGCUUUCUGUUUCAUUGUAGGCUGUGAAAGAAAGAAACUGCCAACAUGUCUGAGAAGAAGAUGACUUCCAGCCGCAGGCACCACCUGAAGAGUUUGGUUCUGUCAGUGGCUGCAACCUGGCUUGAGAAGGAGAAGAAGGAUCUAAUUGUAGCCAAGGAGGCCUACAUGGCUGAGAACUGUCCUGCACCAAACCUCAGUGGAGACCAGGCCACCCUCAUGGAAACCUGCAAAAAGUUACACGCUCUCAUCGACAAAGUGGAUGAAGAGAGGUAUGACUUGGAAGCCAAAGUUGGCAAGGCUGAUAAAGAGAUUGAGGAACUGAAGAUCAAAGUGGUGGAUCUGGCUGGAGUGAAGAAGCCCGCCCUGAAGAAGGUGCGUAUGUCUGCCGACGCCAUGCUGAAGGCUCUGCUGGGCUCCAAACACACGGUCAACCUGGACCUGAGGGCCAACCUGAAGCAGGUCAAGAAGGAGACCAAAGAGGAGUCCACAGAGGCAGUGGGUGACUGGCGUAAGAACAUUGAGGACAAAGCUGACAGAAAGAAGAUGUUUGAGAGCGCUUAAAGAACUGAACUCUACACCUCCAGUUGCUCUGAGCUGUUUACACGCUUCUGAAAUGUCUUACUUUCUUCAUCAAAUCAUCUUUUGUUUUAUUAACGAGAGUGUUUCAGCCUGCUUUUGUUAUUGUACAUUUGUAUAGUGCAUUAAGCAGCAAUAGAAUGGUUGACCGUCCACUGGGUGGUGGGUUAUUCAUGCUACAACUUUUUUAAGCAACAAGCAUCCUUGUUUAAGACACCAAACCCAAUACUGUCCCUCAUGUGUUCCUUACUUAUCAAUGUGAAAUAAAAAAAAAUAAAUUGAACACAAUA